UCGGUUCCGAAUUUUUCGCUUCCCGUCGGCGCUAGUUCCCAAUACACUUUUAGUUGAUAAUAAAUAUUAUCAUUCAUUUUUUGCAUUUACACAAAAGAGUGAAAAGUGCUAGUUCGGGCUCGCCGGUCGAGAAAAAAUCCGGGCGCCGACAAGUGAGUCGCGUUCAGUGUAUUUCUGUGUGGAAUAGACCAAAGGUUUCUGCUCCCUAGUGGAAUGGAGACGCGCGAUAGCAUUUUCUUUUUGGCUAGUUUUUGCGUCGAAAAGUGGUCGGUUGUUAACGGCGGUUUGUGUAUAUUGAUCCAUUGUCAAAUCAUAUCACCAACCAGUCCCGGACUGACAAUGUACCUGUUGCGGCGCAACAAGCCGACUGGCAACCAGCUCGAUGGAUACAAUGCGUCAUGAGUGCGAGAGUCUAUAGCGUAGAGGGUUUACCGCUCCUGUCAACACAGCGACUGAGCAUAAAUGUGCGAUAUAUCCUAUAGAUAGCAAAGUUUAGGUUUUGUGGAGUUUUGAUAUAUUAUUGGUGAAUUGGGAUUAUUUCUUGGAUUAUAAUUGGAUCUGAUUACUGUAAAUUUAUAGACAAGUAGGUACUCAUUACAUUAAAUCAUUUAAGUAUACUAAAAUACGAUAUCACGAUAGGUUGACCUAGUCAGACGACCAGUGUUUACGUGCAACCGUGAAGAAUUUAGCACCUAAAGUUGCAAGUAUGGCCUUAUGAAUUCUUUAAAUUAUGUAACUAACUGAUUAGCUUGCAGCACCUGAAUUACGAAGCCGUAAGAACAGUUGAUACGUGGACAGCAUAUCGAAGAGAAGAGGACUGAAUUCUUUGAAGCAUACGAUAGAAAUAAACGCUAUCAAAAGUCAGUCGUUCUUUAGUCCAGCAUCAACAUUCUUCAAAGAAUUCAACUCUAUUAUGAGUGAUCUCAACCGAACACCGGAGCCAGUACUAUCUGGCUGUGUGGCAUGUAACCGGCCACACACCGAGGACAACUUCGUUUGUUGUGAUAAGUGUGAUCGAUGGUGGCAUUUCUCGUGCGCCGGUGUUACAGCAUCAGUAGAGAUGCGUGAUUGGAUCUGUUCAAAAUGCUUACCUGUCCCGCACACGACGCCGGGUAGCGUAACUUCGUCGUUGAAAUCUGUUUCUUCGAGCCAUCGACUACGAACCGAACAACAUUUGACGUACCUAGCGGAGCAGCAAGAGCUGGAAAGACUGCAAAUGUUAAAAGAAUUUGAGCUGCAGAAGAAACACCUAGAGCAGAAACAUCAGUUGCUAGCUGUGCAAGAUGAAGGCGACAAUCAGAGCGUUCGCAGUCGUCGCAGCAUCGUUAGUCACUCGGCACGCAGCACCCGAACCAUGAAUUGGGUACAGCAACAUAACAAUGCGAGCAAAGAAAAUGUUGCAGCAGGUGCACCGCUGGAGGGAGCGGUAGGCGGGACGGUAAGUGCAGUGCAAGCAACCGCGCCUGCUGGAAACGACACUCAGCAGCGGCCUCAGCAUGUUACGCCCGGGGAGUCCGUGCUGGUUAGAGAGCUUGAAAGGCGUGAAGAAGAAUCUCAACGACAGAUUCAAAUGCUGAGGGAUCAGUUGAAUCAGCUGCAGCUCGAAAUACAACAGCAGAAAAAAGGCAAUCAAGUUACAAACGCGGCGACAUCCAAGGGAGCAGUUUCUAAAACACGUCCCAAUAUUCCGGCUAUCGCAGCACCAGCUCACCGGCAACCUGGUUAUAUAGAUUGGCAAAUUUCCCCUGUCGAAACUGGUCAACCCGCCCCGAUAAUGACAUUCGAGCAGCCGCGAAAACACGCGCGUUCAUUCCAGAAUGCCGACACGGUGCCAGACAUUCCCACAUUCGAACAGCAGCGUAAUGUCGCGCGUAUGAAUCAAAUGAACAGAGAGGUCGGACAAACUGUACGUCAAAGAGAGCAGUCUAGCUGCAUUCCCCAAGCAUCAUCCGUCGAACGGAAUCCAGUAAUCGAACGUCAACGGCCGCAGCCCACACUAACUAUCGCGCACUCGGGACCGAGCAGCAGCGAACCGCCAGCAGACAUGGCCGUGGCCGCGGCAAACAUCGGACCUACUCAGGAGCAAUUGGCGGCAAGGCAGGUUUUACCACGUGACCUACCGAUGUUUAGCGGCGACCCAGCCGACUGGCCUGUAUUUAUUAGUCAUUAUAACUACACAACGCAGGCAUGCGGGUAUAGCAACGGCGAAAACAUGAUUCGGCUUCAACGUUGUCUGAAAGGCGCAGCUUGGGAGUCCGUAAAAAGCCGCCUUAUUCUUCCGGCUUCUACUCCACAAGUGAUAGAGUCUCUGCGAAUGAGAUUUGGGAGACCGGAUCUGUUAAUAGAAUCCUUUAUCGAAAAGGUGAAAGCUGCAUCAACUCCCAGAGCCGACAGACUGGAUACAUUGAUCGAGUUUGGAACGUCAGUCCAAGGCCUUUGCGACCACAUUGUUGCCGCCAAUCUGCUAGAACACCUAGAAAAUCCAACGCUGUUAAAAGAUCUGGUUGGCAAACUUCCUGCGGAAUACAAAAUGAAAUGGGCUUCAUAUCGCAAACAAGCGAUAAAUGUAAAUUUGAAGACCUUUAGCGUCUUUAUGGAGGAAAUUGUUGAAGACGCAUAUAGUGUGUCCACGUUUGCUUCCAACGACCGGCAAACCAAACGUGAUGGAUCUAGACACAACAAUGGUAGCUUCGUUCACGCCGACAUCGGUGACGAUGUGCAAGAACAUAACGAAGAAAGCAGGGCUAAGCACGGAUCGGCAGGUGUAGAAUGUUCCGUCUGCCAUAGGUACGGGCACCGAGCAAAGGAGUGCAAACUAUUCCUGGAAAUGACUGUCGAUGAACGGUGGAAGAAGAUUCAGAAUCAAGAUCUUUGCCGCACAUGUCUGUUUAGUCACGGACGUAGAGCAUGUCGUAACUCUAACAGGUGUGGUAUCGAUGGCUGUCAGUACCGCCAUCAUCCACUGCUACACCCUACCGCAAUUAAGCACCCGCCUUCAAACAGACAUCAGACUGAUCAUAUGCAUCAUCACAGCCAAUCGAAGCUCCUAUUCCGAAUAAUUCCGGUCACGUUAUAUGGACAACAAGGUAUCAUCAAUACGUUCGCCUUUUUGGACGAGGGUUCUUCUCUGUCGAUGAUUGAGAGCAGCCUGGCCGAUAGACUAGGAGUUGAUGGAUACAGUAGGCCGCUCUGCUUGAAAUGGACCGGCAACGUAACCCGCGAAGAAAACGACUCCAAAAGAGUGGCAUUCGAAAUCUCUGGACUAGGAAAAACUGAACGUUACUGGAUUAGCGACGUCGGGACUACUAAGUCACUGAAUCUUCCAAUGCAAACAUUGCCCGUGAAAAAGUUGAUGCAGGACUUUCAACAUCUUCGAGGAAUCCCUAUUGAAGAAUACCACGAUGCAGUACCCCGUUUGCUGAUUGGCGUUGAUAAUCUCAAACUAUCACUUCCUUUGAAAGUGCGUGAAGGAAAAGAAGGCGUUCCAGUUGCGGUGAAGACUCGUCUUGGAUGGUGCGUCUAUGGCGGUCAAAGAAGCGAUGAUUCUUCCUUGGCCAGUUACCACAUCUGCGAAUGUAAUGAAGACACAGGAAUGGACGAAACGGUCAAGGCGUAUUUUUCGAUGGAAGACGUUGGUGUGCGUCCGACGAACGACUGUAUGUCUGAAGAGGACAAACGGGCGCACCAAAUUUUGGAGGAAACCACCAUUUUUGUUGGCGACCGGUAUGAGUCUGGACUUUUGUGGCGUUUCGAUAAGUUCGAAUUACCUGACAGCUACCCAAUGGCUAUCAAAAGGCUACAGUGUUUGCAGCGCAGAAUGGAAAAAGAUCCAGUGCUGAAAGAGAACAUUCAGCGACAAAUACAAGAAUACCUGGAAAGAGGAUAUGCCCAUCGAGCAUCCGCCGAAGAAUUGUCGACAGCUGAUCCACGUCGAAUAUGGUUCCUUCCAUUAGGGGCAGUUGUCAACCCUAAAAAACCCUCCAAAGUUCGUCUUAUAUGGGAUGCUUCGGCAAAAGUCGACGGUAUUUCGUUGAAUGAUAUGCUGUUAAAGGGACCCGACCAGUUGGCCUCGCUACCAGGAGUGAUAUUUCGUUUCCGACAACAUCGUGUUGCAGUCGUCGGGGACAUAAAACAGAUGUUUCACCAAAUAUUCAUCAAAAAUUCGGAUCGCUACGCACAGUGUUUUUUGUGGUCUCCCGAGGCGCAGAAGAAGCCAGACGUUUUCGUAAUGAACGUUGCCACUUUCGGUUCUACCAGCUCCCCGGCCACAGCACAGUUCGUGAAAAACGUUAACGCUCAGAGAUUUUCCGAGGAAUUUCCCAGAGCUGUUGAAGGCAUCGUCUACAACCACUAUGUUGACGACUACCUCGAUAGCUUUCCAGAUGAAGAUGAGACCAAGCGCGUAGCGGGCGAAGUUCGAGACGUACACAGGAAAGGGGGGUUCGAGAUACGCAAUUGGUGUUCCAAUAGCUCUGCAGUACUGAAACAUUUGGGCGAAAAUCAAGAUAAAGUGGUGAAAACCCUCAAUCCUGAUAGCGGCGGGUUACCUGAUCGCGUCCUAGGUAUGCUGUGGAAUAGUGAAGAAGACGUUAUACACUUUGUGACUGCCAUGCGCGAAAACAUCAAGAAAAUAAUCCAAGAAGAUGCACGACCGACCAAACGCCAAGUUCUACAAUGUGUGAUGACUCUUUUCGACCCAGUAGGGUUACUAGCGCCGUAUUUGAUAUUUGGAAGAGUUCUAAUUCAAGACAUUUGGCGUGCAGGAACCAAAUGGGAUGAACAAGUGGACGAUUCCAUUUUCCAGCGCUGGCGGGAUUGGGUAAAAAUACUACAGGACAUCGACGAAGUACGGAUACCACGGUGCUAUUUUCGUUGUGCAAACCGCCUCAGCCUUGAUCGUAUCCAAUUGCACAUCUUCGUAGACGCCAGUCCGGCUGCGUACUCUUGCGCAUGCUACUUUCGUAUAAUCAACGCACAAGGAAAAGCAGAGGUGGCACUGGUCGCUGCCAAAGCAAAGGUAGCUCCGUUAAAGAUGAUGAGCGUUCCCAGAUUGGAGCUUCAGGCUUGCGUUCUUGGAGUGCGAAUGAUGAAGCUCGUUAUAGACGGUCACACCUUCCCGAUAAAAGCUCGUUUUCUGUGGACCGAUUCCAGUACUGCCCACACUUGGAUCAACGGAGAUCCAUACAAAUAUCGUCCCUUUGUUGCACAUCGGGUCAGUGAAAUCUUGGACACAACAACACGCGAAGAAUGGAGAUGGCUAAGAUCCAAAAUGAACUCGGCAGACGAAGCGACAAAAUGGGGUGUGGGUCCUCAUUUCAACGAUCAGAGCAUUUGGUACAGCGGGCCGAAGUUCUUGCAGUCUUCAGAAGAAAAUUGGCCUUGUGCAGAACCAGAAAAUCCAGAGGAGAAGGAGAUGCGUUCGUGUUUUCUACAUCAAGAAGUACGCGCUCCAGAAAGGAUAGUGGAUGUUACACGAUUCUCCAACUGGAAUAAACUGCUUCGUACGACCGCGUACGUUCAUCGAUUCGUUUCCAACGCUCGGACACCGGUAAAUAACCGCAGCGGUGGGCCUUUGGCUAGAAGAGAGUUGCAGAAGGCAGAAGUAACGCUGUUCAGGAUGGUACAAUGGGAAUGCUAUCCAGAAGAAAUGAUUGCGAUGGCAAACCCAAACGAGCCGAAUCAUGCUGAAGAAAACUUUAUAGAAAAAAGCAGCGUACUCUAUUCACUUACUCCACGCAUCGAUACGCACGGAGUAUUACGAGUCGAUGGUCGUAUCGGAGCUACUAAAGGAGUGACUCGUGACGUAAAGUUUCCUGUAAUUCUUCCCAAGAAACAUCACGUGACAAAUCUAAUACUGGAAGAUUUCCACCGAAGAUUCAAGCAUGGAAAUAAUGAGACAGUCGAUGGUGAGGAACAUAGCGAGUCGUUGCUUACUGUGUAG